AUGGUUGGCAACAUGCCUUUACAAAAGGAUACGGUGCAGCCUAUCGUCCCUCUGGGAGUUUUGGUGGAACACUGUGGUUAUGCAGUUAGGUGGGAGGGGACUAGCUUUGAGUUGACUGAUCCUGGUGGAAGAGUUCUUGACACCAGGCUUGAAGGUGGGUGUCCAACGGUUGAGGAAGAGUUGGGUCUAGAGUUGAUCCAAGAGAUUGAGAAGGAGAUGAUUCGACAGAAGGCACGGCUGAACAUCUUGAGAGGUGACGAGCUGGCAGUUGACCAUGAGGAUCUAGUUGGAAAGGAGAUGGUGGAGUUUUUGAAGAGGUUGAAGGAGGUUUUUCCGUCCACUCCGGAGGAGGUUUUGGAAAGGAUCCCAGCGAAGUCAGGCUGGAAAGGAGAGACUCUUCCUUGGAAUAGGCGCAUCCGACGUCGCUUGAGGUGUGCCAGGGAGAUUGUCAUUCAUCUCUUUUCUGGUGAAGAUCCCGUGUUUUGGGAAAAAGAGCUCGCUGCCCCUGGACGUGAAGUGCUCUGCCUUGAUCUGGCUAUCCACAAGGACCAAGAUCUGAGAAGGGAUGCCGUGAUGGCAUACCUCCAAUAUCUGUGUCAACUCGGCACUGUGGUCGCUAUCCUUGGAGGACCACCUUGUCGAAGUGUCAGUCGACUUCGACACACUCAACCAGGGCCGCCGCCUUUGAGAUCAAGGUUUGGCGUGGAGCGUUUUGGGUUUGACCACUUGGAGCCGUGGUUGCAAAGGCGAGUUGACGAGGACACCAACCUAUGGAUGAGGCAGUUGUUCCUCUACAUGCUCGCUCAGGGCGCCUCAGAGCGACAGGUUGCCUUUGUGAAAGAAUCACCACAAGAUCCGGAGACCUAUGCUCCAACUCUUGAUGGUCAGGCGCCAGUGCCAUCGUUCUGGGCUUUUGAGGAGUGGGAUCAGUUUAAGCAGGUUUACAACAUGAAGGAAGUCUCAUUUGAUCAAGGCCCAAUGGGACAUGAGAGGAGGAAGCCUACAACGUUGGGAACCAAUGUGGUUUGGUUAGAGGAGCUUCAAGGGAUGCGAGGUCCAGGCCGAUCUGCGGGUUCUCAUGGGGCUGGUGUUGAGGAGAGGAUUACCGCCUCCAGGUCCUGGGUGUCAUGGGCACCAGGUCUCAAGAGGGCUCUGGUUGUCGCACUGAGGAGUUGGAUCGGAGAUCCCAGGCUGCAGAAGAUGUCUUUGGCUGAAUGGAAGGCUCACUUGCAGAAUGACCAUCUUCCAUUCCGCAAGGAAUGUCAGACCUGCCUACGUUCAGCGGGAAAGGGCAGGUAUCACCGAAAGAUUGUCUCACGUGAAGCUUUGUCUCUCUCCAUUGACCUUGCCGGUCCCUUCGUCAAAGGAAUAGACCAGGGGGCUGCAGACAAGCAGGCCCAAGCCAAGUACUUUCUUGCCGGCACCUUCACUGUGCCAGUCACCAAAGAAGGGAGAAGCGUGAUGCGUGGAGAACCGGAGGUUGAGGAUGCAGAGGCAAGCGCGGAGGCUAUCCAACAGGAGGGUGAGGAGAAAGGUGUGGAAGGUGAGUCCCAAGAAGAGCCACCAAAGGACGAUGAGGAGGAGUGGUUGAAGAAAAUAGAGGAGGAGGAAGGUUUUGAGAUCAGACACCUCACUCUUCUGGAGCCACUCGAAAAUCGACGAGCUACCAACCUCGUCCAAGCUGUGGCCCGCAUGACCACCAAGCUGAAAUAUCUUGGACUUCCAGUACGACGUCUUCAUUCAGACCGGGCUGGUGAGCUCACGUCCACCCAGUUACGACGUUGGUGUGAGGAGCGUGGAAUCUACAGGACAUACACCGACGGGGAUGGAUGGAAGUCGAACGGUCGUGUGGAGAGCGAGAUUGCCGUUCUCAAGAGGGGCAUCAAAACCCUUCUUGACAGUGUGCGUGUGAGUAGCUGA